AUGGCAUUCUCUCAAAAAUACUCAAAACUCAAAGGAGGCCACGGUUUUCAAGAGGGUGAAGAUGUUGACUUGGAAGAUAAUGCAUCUGACGUAACUAAAUUUUCCUCGACCGUUGAAACGUUGGACAAAGCAGAGCUUCUGCCUUAUCGAGAUGAUACAAGUGAAUCGACAUCAUGUUCUCCAGCACAGCAACUGAGAGGGAACCGAUUCAAUAUGCCCUCCAUUUUUUGGACAUGGCUACGAUGGGCAGUGAUUGUUAUAUUACAGACUACUCUUAUUAUAAUGAUCUUCUUAAAACACGACAACAACAGACAGCCAACCAACGAUCUUCAACAGAUUAGCGGUAGCGAUCAAUUUAUUGAGACAGGCGGCGACAUUAAUGGACUCUACAAGGCUUUAUCGCACACGUACACAUUCCUUAAGCCCGAAGAAGACAAAUAUGUUCCUAACAUGACAUCUAAUGAUAAUCGAAUGGAGGUCCGAAAAAACUGGGAUAUGUUAAUGCCGCUUGGAAGUGGAAGUGUUUUAAUUCCUGAUUAUUUGGAUCACCCUUUGCUUGGAAAACCUAUUACCGACGACCCCAUUCGUUCAGGACCGUUGUUUGAGGCGUCAUGGACACAUGCGCUACACUGCUUAUACUACAGUGUAGACAGUUAUCACCAAUUGAUACUUAAUGGACCCAGUGAAGACGACAACCCAAAGCAUGCAGCCCAUUGUUUCGAGUAUCUUCGGAACAGCAUUCUCUGCAACCUUGACAUGACUCUAGAGGGAUCUAUGUCAACGCCAGAUGAUAAAGAAAGAGGACAACCUCAUGUUUGCCGCAAUCGACAAGAAGCUAUCUCUUGGAUUGAAGCUCGAAGAAUGGACGAUGCAAAAGAUAUUGUUGGCCCUUAA